UCGAGCUUCCGAUGUGUUGUCGAUAUUGAAGACACUAAACAACUGGUGAGCGCUCGCGUUGAAGACAAUAGGAUUGUCUGCUCGGAAACGGCUUACUCGUAUCGGACAGAAAUGGGAUCAAUUGAGGCGUCGGUGACAGUCAUGUGGAACGGCGACACAUUCAUUGAUAGGGCUAAUGUCACUGUAUAUAAGUGUCAUCUCUUGGGCAGUCAUAACGGAAGGGCCGACUGUUCGCUGUGUCUAACGUUGAGCAGCGCUUACGAGUGCGGAUUCUGCGGCAAUCAGUGCUCAUACAGUAAGUCAUGUCAGGAGCCGGUGUCGAAGGUGUGUCCGCCGCCGCGAAUCGAUUGGAUGCACCCGUUGUCCGGACCCAUGGACGGCGGCACUCUCGUCACCAUCGAAGGCAGUAAUUUGGGCACAGAUUUGGAUGAGAUCAGAGAUAAGAUAACCAUUGGCGGACAGCCCUGCGUACCACUCAAUUAUAGUGUGUCAGUGCGGGUCACCUGCAGGACAAGCCCUGUAAGCCCCGGCAACUCUCCGCCCCUAUUGGCUGAUGUAGUGGUGGGCAAUCGGGCCGGUUAUACGGCCGCCAAAGACAAGUUCCGAUACGAAGUGCCUGAAAUCAUUAGCUCCCAUCCCAACAUUGGCCCCCAUUCUGGUGGCACCAGAAUCUACAUCACCGGCACUAACCUCAACAUUGGCUCAAACUUAGAGAUAUAUUUGGAUUACUUUCCGUGUAUUGUCGACAAAAUGCUGGUCAGCUCCACGCAAAUCAGUUGCCGGACCACUGCCUCAAAGGCCACGUCAUAUGUGGUGCGAAACCUUAUCCUCAAAAUAGACAACACAACGCUGACACUCGCCCGACCCUUCCGUUACGUACCCGACCCAACCAUUUUGCGUAUAUACCCACUCAAGAGCUAUUUGGCCGGCGGUCGCACUGUCACUAUAAUCGGCACUAAUUUGGAUGCAAUACAACAGCCCAGACUCGCCGUCUUCAAUAGCGAGGGUAAUGUUGUCAAUGAGAGCGCCUGUGAGGUGUCUUCCGGCUCUCAGAUGGUGUGCCCCUCUCCACCAGUCAGCCCACAAUUAGUCGAUAUGUUAAAUCGCGAGCAAUUGGACGCCUCCUCUCUGGUCGCCUCCUAUAACAUCAACGAAGUGACGGAUGAUAUUCGUCUGAGAGUUGGUUUCAUUAUGGAUGCGGUCAAUAGUGUCAAGGAGUUGGCCACCAAUUUCCCGACCGUCCACUCAGACCUGGGCUACGUUCCCGACCCCAAGUUCUUUGCCUUCGACGAGGGCCUCAAACUCUAUAAGGGAGAGUCACUGGUCAUUGAGGGCGAGAACCUGCGACUGGCCAGCACUGAGUCCGAAGUGAACGUUACGAUUGGCACCAAAUGGUGUAAUUUGACGUCUUUGGCGGCCACACAGUUGGUGUGUCUGCCGCCUGAGCUCCAGCCCGACGGCACCGAUGAGAUCGGGCGCCGAACUCCCAGUGCUCUACCGUUGGUUGUGGUGAAAGUUGGCUCAAACCUGCGCUACGAAAUCGGUUAUUUGCAGUACGAAGUGGUCAAGUCUACUGAACUGCCGCCGAUCGCCAUUGUGGUCAUCACUGUCUCAUCGCUGGCACUCAUACUCUUUGUGUUGAUAUCACUGGCGAUAAUGAGACACAAGUCGUCGCAAGCGGAACGGGAGUACAAACGCAUUCAGAUGCAAAUGGAUACUCUCGAGAACAGUGUCCGAUCCGAAUGCAAACAAGCCUUCGCCGAACUCCAGACCGAUAUGACAGACCUGACCAACGACUUGGUGUCGAUGGGUAUUCCCACUCUCGAUCACAGGACUUAUGUGAUGAAAGUGUUUUUCCCGGGUCUGUCCGAUCAUCCGCUCUAUCAGUGCACUCGUAUCCGAACGAACGGCGCUUACAAUAUCUAUGAGUUAGCUAUGGCUCAGUUCGAGCAAUUGCUCAACAAUAAGGCAUUCCUCUUGAGUUUCAUCAAUAGUCUGGAGAAUUCAAAGACAUUCAGCAUUAGGGACCGUGUAAACGUGGCCUCACUUCUCAUGAUAAUCCUUAUGGAGCGCAUGGAGUACGCGACGGAUGUGUUGCGGACAUUACUGUUUCAAUUGGUGGACAAAAGCGUGUCAUCAAAACAUCCGCAACUAAUGCUCAGAAGAACUGAAUCAGUGGUCGAGAAAAUGCUGACCAAUUGGUUGGCCCUAUCGAUGUACGACUACGUCCGAGAACAAGCCGGCUCUCAGCUCUUCCUACUCUUCUCGGCCAUCAAACGCCAGGUAGAGAAGGGGCCCAUCGAUACUGUCACUUACGACGCCCGGUAUUCGUUGUCAGAGGAACGGCUACUUCGGGAACACUAUUCCGACUACGAACAGAUCAUUAUCCAAGUGUUUCAGGAGAACGAAAACGAGAAAAUCUUGUGUCGAGUCAAUGAUUGCGAUAGUAUUAGUCAAGUGAAGGCUAAACUGCUGGACGCUCUCUACAAGAAUACACCGUUUUCUCUGCGGCCGUCCAUUCAUGACGUGGAUCUCGAGUGGAGGCACGGGAGGGGCGGACACCUUAUCCUACAGGACGAGGACUUGACCACCAAAUCAGAGCACGGUUGGCAACGAAUCAAUUCAUUGCGACAUUACGGGGUCAAGAGUUGGGCCCUAAUGUCGCUUGUGAUGCGCCAGUCGUCCGAUAGUUACAUGUCUUGCAGCACAAGGAACUCAUUGUCACCGAUGAUCAUCAAAAGUAGUCACCCAUUCAUAACCAGUGAUUUGGAUACCGAUAGGUAUUGGCAUCUAAUCAAACCCAACGAUGACUCCAUCGACACCAAAGACGCUCUCCUCCACAAAGCCAUUCCAGAGAUAUUCCUCACAAGACUCCUGUCCACCAAAGGAACCGUUCAGAAGUUUGUCGACGACUUCUUCCACACGAUUCUGUCGGCAAACGAAACACUUCCCGCGGCAGUCAAAUGGGUGUUUGAUUUGUUAGACGCGGCCGCGAAUAAGCAUCAGAUCACAGAUCCAGAAGUACUUCACGCCUGGAAAUCCAAUUGUCUUCCACUCAGGUUUUGGGUUAAUUUCAUCAAAAACCCCGACUUUAUACUAGACGUCAAUAAAACGCCUACAAUUGACUCCAGUUUGUCAGUCAUCGCACAAACACUUAUGGAUUCCUGUUCUACGAGUGAACACCGAUUAGGAAAGGACUCGCCAUCAAAUAAGUUAUUGUUUGCCAAAGAUAUCCCUAAUUAUAAAGUAAUGGUCAGUAAAUUCUAUGCCGACGUCUCACAUAUGCCGGCCGUAACUGACCAGGAGUUGAGUGCAGUCAUGCAAUGCCUAUCACUGACACAUACCGGAGAGUUUGACAUCAUUUGUGCCCUCAAAGAGCUGUUCGUCUAUUCUGUCAAAUAUAACACAGAGAUCAUGGAUUCACUACAAAGGGAUCCAUUGACUCAACAGUCCGUUCAGAAGUUCGCUAAUCUUAUUAAUUAUAAGUUUUAGUGAUUUAUGAGAUAUUUUGUGGACUUUUCUAAUGAAACGAACAUUUUUUCCACAAAAACACAUUUCCAUUGAAUUUGACUUUUAAGUGAUUAGUGACACAAAUCAGUGAAUAUUUAAUUAAUUUUAUACACUUUUUUGUUGUAAAUUUAUUUAUUAUUUGUAUUAUAUAACGAGAUGAUAAUG